AUGGACAGCAUCAGAAGUCCAUUCAAGGGUAUUGUCAAUGAUUUUAAAGGAAGAAAAGCAUGCUAUAAACAGGACUGGAUUGGUGGAAUGUGUUCUGGUUUUAGGAUAUUAGCUCCAACCUUCUACAUUUUCUUUGCUUCUGCGCUUCCAGUGAUCGCCUUUGGGGAGCAGUUGAGUAGAGAUACAGAGGGAAGCUUGAGCACAGUGGAGACAUUAGCUUCUACAGCAAUAUGUGGUGUCAUCCAAUCAUUAUUCGGCGGACAGCCUUUGCUGGUUUUAGGAGUUGCUGAACCAACCGUCAUUAUGUACAAUUAUAUGUACACUUUCAGCAAGAAAAGGCCGGAGUUGGGCGGCGAGUUAUUUCUAGCUUGGACUGGUUGGGUUUGUGUCUGGACAUCACUGCUGCUGAUUCUUCUUGCAAUUUUCAAUGCAUGUAACAUUAUAUCCAGAUUUACAAGGAUUGCAGGAGAGCUUUUCGGCAUGUUGAUUUCAGUGCUCUUCAUCCAAGAGGCAAUCAAGGGAGUAGUCUCCGAAUUUAGUAUGCCAAAAGAAGAGGAUCCGGAUAAGGAGGAGUUCCAAUUUCAAUGGCUCUACACCAAUGGCUUGCUCGCGGUUAUUUUCUGCUUUGGUCUGCUUUUGACUGCUCUUAAGAGCAGAAAAGCAAGAUCAUGGUUGUAUGGUACAGGCUGGCUACGAAGCUUUAUUGCUGACUAUGGGGUUCCCCUUAUGGUCUUGGUAUGGACAGCAAUGUCUUAUGGUGUACCCAGAAAAGUCCCACAUGCAGUUCCUAGGCGGCUCCUCUGUCCAUAUCCAUGGGACAAAGAUUCACUUUACCACUGGACAGUCAUAAUGGACAUGGGGGAGGUCCCUGUCACGUACAUCUUUGCUGCCAUUAUACCGGCCAUUAUGAUAGCAGGUCUAUACUUUUUCGACCACAGUGUAGCUUCACAGCUAGCACAGCAGAAGGAGUUUAAUCUUCAAAAACCAUCUGCAUACCAUUAUGAUUUGUUUCUGCUGGGAAUAAUGACAUUGAUUUGUGGGUUGCUUGGACUUCCACCAUCAAAUGGGGUCCUUCCACAGUCCCCCAUGCACACUAAGAGUCUAGCAACACUAAGGAAGCAGGUGAUCCGAAAAAAGAUGGUGAAGAGUGCUAAGGAUUGCAUGAAAGAAAAUGGAAGCAACUCUGAGAUUUAUGGAAGGAUGGAGGCUGUGUUUAUAGAGAUGGAAGGCGGCUCUCCUCCAAAUCCUAAGGAGUUGGCAAACUUGAAGGAGGCUGUGAUGAAUGCUGCUGAUGGGGGAGAUUUGAAGGGAAAAUUUGAUCCUGAGAAACACAUUGAUGCUCAUUUGCCUGUUCGAGUGAAUGAGCAAAGAGUGAGCAACCUUUUGCAGUCGCUUCUUGUGGGAGUCUCAAUAUUGGGAAUAGCUGCAAUCAAAAUGAUACCUACCUCAGUUCUGUGGGGAUAUUUUGCCUACAUGGCGAUUGAUAGUCUUCCAGGUAGUCAGUUCUUUGAGAGGGUACUGCUGCUCUUCAUCAGCCCUAGUCGUCGUUACAAGGUCUUGGAAGGUUCUCAUGCUUCAUUUGUGGAGUUAGUACCGUACAAGUACAUUGUUGGAUUCACACUCUUCCAAGUGGUUUACUUUUUGAUGUGUUUCGGGGUGACAUGGAUACCAAUAGCCGGAAUAUUGUUCCCAUUGCCAUUCUUCCUUCUUAUCAGCAUAAGGCAACAUUUGUUACCGAAGUUCUUUCCCCCUUCCCAUCUUCAAGAACUUGAUUCUUGUGAAUGGGAGGAAUGUCCUGGUGCUCCACAAGAAAAACCACCUGAAGCAGGUGGCGAUGAGGGUGCAGACGCUUUCUUUGACGCUGAGUUAUUGGAUGAGAUGACAACCAGCAGAGGCGAAUUGAAGCUUAGGACCAGCUUCAGUAGUACCGAAGACAGGUUUUCUCAGGUGCAUCCCGAUGAUGCUCACCGAAUAUGAGAAAAGAGUGGUUUCUGAUUAGAAAGAAAAUAGAUCGAUUGAUUGAUUGAUUGAGCUUCUGCCUUGUGCCUUAUCAUGAUGAGAGGAUGAUGAUCAGUAUGCUCCUCUUCUGAGGACUGCUGACAAAUGUGUCUUUCUGUAUGUUGUGCCACUCAGUUAUAGCAGAAGUUACUAACAAAUUACAGAGAAGAGAUGC